AUGGUGGAUAGUGAGGAUACAAUUUGGAAUAUAGUACACAGUUUACCCAGCACCCACAAGAAUAAACGCAAUUUAGAGCUUGCAUACACAAAUGUAUCCAACCAAUUGCCAGCACUAUCACUUUCAGAGAUCCAUUCACCUGAAAUGCAACUGUUGCUGCAAGAGCCAUGUAGAAUAAGCGAAAAUAUAUCAUCUAGUCAAAUUCAACCAUAUGAAUUUGCCUACAAGAAGAACAAAUGUACCAAGUGGAGUGAUCGUGAUACAGACACUUUCUAUCGUGCCAUAGAAAUGUUUGGCAGCGACUUGCUAAUGGUCAACGGCAUGCUUCCUCAUUAUACAGCAAAACAAAUUCAUAUAAAGUUUAAAAAUGAAGAAAAAAAAUCGCCUGAUCGUCUACAGGCCGCACUAAAUCGCAAGGGUGAAAUAAAUAUAGAUUUCUAUGAGAGUUUAAGUGGAAAGAUUAGUCAUCACGAAUUUAAAAACCCUCAAAGAUCGGAUAAUGCUGCUACUAAAGUCACCGAGCUGGCAAAAGUACCCAUACUCGAUGCUAUUGAACCGGUCGUGGAACCGGUUAACAUUUUAGAAUUAUUGCUCUAG